AUGGGAAGAACCAGCCAAGCUGUGCUAAUAAUUUUGUGUGUGUUAAUGACUGUUAAAGCUUUUGAAAUGGAGAUUGUGCCUGCUAACAGAAUUGUUGCACAGAUUGGAGAAACACUCACACUCACAUGCAGUACUACUGGCUGUGCAUCACCAAGUUUUUCCUGGAGGACCCAGAUGGACAACCCCCUUGGAGGAACAGUGAACAACCAUAAGACAUACUCUACCUUGACUAUGAAUCCAGUGAGCGUUGUGAAUUCUCAUGAUUAUCUGUGCACUGUCUUCUGUGGUGAGAAAGACAAAAAAGAGAAGAGUAUCAAAGUAGAAAUUUACUCUUUCCCUAGUGAUCCUGUCAUUGAGAUCAGUCCAUCCUUAGUUGCUGGAGAACUAGCCACUGUCAUCUGUAAAAUUCCUAAUGUGUACCCUUCUGAUCACCUGGAAGUACUCCUCAUGAAAGAGGAACAUGUUCUUCUUGAGAAAACAUUUCAUGAAGAGGUCAGCACAAAUACAGAGACCAAAACUGUGCCAUAUUCUUUUAAUCUCAAAGCCGAAGAUAUUGGGAAAGAAAUUACUUGUGUGGCCAAGUUACCAAUUGCUGGUAUGGACUUCGAACCCAAAGAAAGAGUAACUUCUCAGAAACUGAAUGCAGACUUUGGUCCACGAAAUACUAUCAUUACUGCAUCUCCAGGCAACUCACCAAUGGAAGGAGACCCUCUAAAACUCACAUGUGUGACUGAAAGUAAUCCUCCAGCACAAAUAAUUUGGAGAAAACAUCUGCCUGAUGAAAGUAUUCAGCAUCUGACAGAAAACAGUACCCUUGUUAUUCCCCAAGUCCAUUUCACUGAUUCAGGACUGUACAUGUGUGAAGCAAAUAAUCUGGUAACUAACAAAACAGAGAAAGCAGCUGUGAAUAUUUCCAUACAAGGUGCUCCAAACAUUGCAGAACUCUCCAUUGAGCCUUCUACAACAGUUCGAGAAGGAGAAAAUGUUUCAAUACAAUGUUCUGCUGAGGGCAGCCCUACUCCCAAGAUUAUUUUAAGGAGAAAAUCUGACAGUGCAGACACAAGGCCUUACAGUGAGGGAAGAAUUCUCCUUCCAUCUGUGACGUUCCUAAACGGAGGAGACUAUGAAUGUGUAGCAAAAAACAAGUUUGGGGAAAAUAAAAGCGAAAUAACACUUAACGUGGAGUAUGGACCAAGGAAUACAGUGAUCUCCAUUAUCCCUGCUGCUGCUGUUAAAGAAGGAGAAACUGUGACAAUGGAAUGUAUUAGUUCUGGCAAUCCAGCUCCUUUGAUCUCUUGGAAGAAAAAGGCAUCCAAUGGGGAGUCUGAGAAAAUUUUUAAAGAAGCAACAUUAACUAUAGAGAACAUUAAAAUUCAAGAUCUGGGGCUUUAUGAGUGUGAAGCUUAUAAUAAAUUUGGCAAAGAAGAAAAAGCUGUGAAAUUACUCGUUCAAGUUCCUCCCCAAAAUAUUACAACAUUAGUAUAUCAAUGAGAAAAUGUUAAGGAAGGAGAAAAUGUCACUGUAACAUGUAGCACAUAGAGUAACCCACCAUCACAGAUGGGCCUGAAAAAAGUCCAUUGGGAGAAAGAAAUUAUUCUGCCAUCAGUGAUUGGAACCUUUAUACUCUACAAUGUCACAAAAAAUUAUACAGGCAGAUAUUUGCUUGAUGUUUUCAAUGAGAUUGGAAACAACAUCCAAGUGAUUGAUAUAGCUGUUGUAGGUAGGGAAGUUGGAAAGAACAGAUCAAAUGAUACCACUGAUUAUUGCAUUCUCCAGUGCAGCAGCAACAGCAGUACCAGUAGUUGCAAUUUUGAUCUACCUGUCAAGAAAAGCAAAGAUAAAUGGGUCCUACAGUCUUGUAAAAGCACUCAGACUGAAAGUGUGAUUGUAUGGGACAUGUGCUCUCAGCAUCUGAAAGAAACGGUGCUGAACGGUGUUGAAUAUAUUCACAUUUCCAGCACAGAUGCCAUGUCUGGAAAACAUCCACCUAUUUCAGACCUGGGUUCAGAGACUUACAGUGAUGAAGGCUAUUGGAUUUAA